AUGUCAUCUCCUAGGACACUAAUGCCAUCUGGAAGUGCCCCAGAGCUAUGCAUAGUUGGUGAUGUCUAUCAGACUGCAAAUAGCUGGUUUUCAAUGAAUCCAUUCCACUUAUCCUGUUGGACCAUGUCUGCUGAACUUUUAAACAAAUCAUGGAAUAAGUUUGCUUAUCAAACCCCCAGUAUUGCAGAUACAGUCAUUCUCCCUUCCAUGAUUGGGAUUAUAUGUCUGACAGAACUGGUUGGCAACACCCUCAUAGUAUUUACCAUAGUAAGGUGCAGGAAAAAAACAAUCCCUGACAUUUAUAUCUGCAAGCUGUUUGUGGCUGAUUUGCUCCAUGUCAUUGGAAUGCCGUCUCACCCGUGGGCCAGAGGGGGAGAGUAGGUAUUUGGGAGGCCACUCCACACCAUCAAAUCCCUGGAUAGCUGCAGCCAGUUUGCCUGUAGUGUUAUUAUGGCUGUAAUACAUGUGGACAGGUACUUGGCCCUCGUCCAACCAUUUCGUCUGACGAGUUGGAGAAUGAAGUACAAGACCAUCCACAUCAAUUUGGGCCUUUGGGCAGCUUCUUUUAUUCUGGUGUUGCCUGUCUGGGUCUACUUGAAGGUCAUCAAAUUUAAAGAUGGUGUUGAGAGUUGUGCUUUUGAUUUAAUCCCAGGUGAUGUACUCUGGUAUACCCUUUAUUUAAUAAUAACUUCUUUCUUUUUCCCCUUACUGUUGAUUUUUGUGUGCUAUAAUUUAAUUUUAUGCUAUAGUUGGGAAAUGUAUCAACAGAUGUAUCAACAAAAUAAAGAUGCCAGAUGGUAA